AUGUCUACGUCUACCAGCAUGGUGAGUGAGCCUGUCUGUGAGCCUGUACGCCAAAAACGUCGAGCUCGUGUCCGUCGUCGACUCUCCGCCCAGGCGGACAAACUCCUGCUGCUUCUGCAUAGCCUUUUUCCCUGCGUGGUCUAUGCCAUCCUCAUCUACCAGCAGUUCUAUCACACAGCUGCUGCAAACAGUGUGCGGGCCGGCUACUGGGUUGGCGGCAUGGGCAUCUUCCUGCAGUUUGCACUUGUCUUCUGGCCAAUUCUACCUCACAGCGAACUUUUGCUGCUCUCGUUUGCAGUAAUCGAGGCCGUUUGCGCCCUGCUCGGCGGGACAAUUACGCUGAUCCAGGACAGCAAACAACGCUUCAUCGGAGCCGUCUGCAUCGCCAGUGUGGUCUUCACCAUCCUGCCAAUGUAUCUGACUAUCUCUACGCUGAAGCACGCUUCGAAGAGCAAGAAAGAGGAAGCAGAAAAUGAUGAAAAAGUGAGUAAUUUCUCUUCUGGUUGGUCUCAGGAGUACAAGGAGGCAACCAUUGUUGAUGGGGAUAAAGCACCAAUCAGGCAGAGAGAAGACUUGGCUUUUUAG